AAAAAUUUUUUAUAAAAAACAAUAACAAAUCGCACUUUGAACCUGAGGCUCAGAGAGAGAGUUUAAUUUUAUGCCAUUGAUGGUGCAUAAAAUUGAUAACAGAGAAGCAAAUACUCCCAUAUUUGCCGUAACUUUUUUCUCGUAAAGCAAAUUUUACGAUAUUCCUGUAUCAAUCUCUCGGUAACAAACUUCAUGAUGACGGAGCUAAAACGUGUAUGUGUACUGGGAGCUGGUAUUGUGGGAAUGACAACCGCUUUGAUGCUGAAAGAGAAACAUGCUGAAGUGGAUGUCACAGUCAUCGCAGACAAAUUCGAACAAGAUACAUUGAGUGAUGUUGCUGCAGGCAUAUUCAGGCCAUCAACAAGUUUCAAAGGACCUACUCCAGAAAUUACAAAGCAAUGGCUUGUAGAUGCCUACCAUCAUUAUAAGGCAAUCCAAGACUCCAAAGAAGCUGCUGAAGCUGGGGUGCAGGAAGUGUCUGGCUACGUGCUAUCUUCAAAGCAUCCUGAAGUAACCAAGAAUCAAUUUUUGGAAGGUCUUUUACCAGUGUAUCGUCCUGCAGAUGAGCUUGAACUUAAAAUUUGUCCGGGCAACUGGAAAUAUGGAGCCUUCUUUACCACACUUGUAAUCGAAAGUCGCUACCAUCUUCCUUGGCUUCGAAAAAAAUUUGAGAUGCUUGGUGGGAAAAUCAUGAAGAAAACAAUUGACAGUUUCAACGACGUAAACGAUUACGACUUAGUAAUGAACUGUACGGGAUUCGGAGCUAAAAAACUGUGUUUGGACCAUGACCUUGUACCCAUACGUGGGCAAGUUUUCAAAGUGAAAGCUCCUUGGGUAAAGAUGUUUUUUUACGGAGAUUACGACACAUACAUCAUUCCCGGAAUCGACUACGUUACUUUGGGUGGUUGCCGUCAAUAUGACAGCUUUAAGCAAGAAGUUGACAAGUAUGAUUCUGCCUCUAUAUGGGAACGUUGCGUAGAGCUUUUGCCAAACUUAGAGAGCGCUGAAAUUGUAAAAGAAGUGGCGGGACUUAGACCGCAUAGGACACCCGUGCGAGUUGAACGAGAAGCCAUUGUUACAUCUGGUGGAAAACAUCUCCAGAUUGUUCAUCAAUAUGGCCAUGGUGGAUAUGGAGUAACAACUGCACCAGGUACGGCGAAGUACGCUGUUAAGUUGGCGGAAGAUGUAUUAGGUGGCCAAAGAUCAAAAGUGCACGCCAAACUUUAAUAUGUUACGGCAGCGUACGGAGCUAUAAGGAUAGCUCUGAACGUGCAAUUUUUUUCCAUGGAACUUAGAGUUAUAAAGUACAACUUAAAGAAUACCCGUCUUUCUUUUUGUGUAUCUUCGAAAUCUAUAAUAAAUGUUAUGUUGUUAAAACUUAAA